AUUAAAAAGAUUUAAUUUUUUUUGAUUUCAAUGGCAAGUGCUUCUGUGAAGAUGAAGCCCAUCAACAGGAAUCAAGCUGGGCCUUCAUCUUCUUCAAGCAAACCCAUUUUAAAGAAAAAGAUUGAACCUUCAAAAUCUGUUGCUGAUUCCAAGUUUAAUAAGUCUGUCCCAGUAAAAACUGCAAAACCUGAGGAGAAAGGGAAAGCAGUUGUACCUGCAACACCUGUUAAGAAGAAAAGGGAGAAGAAGGUUUUCAGUUUGACAGGACAGAAAUAUGACCCUCCAGAGGAGAGAGAGCCCCUGAGGAUAUUCUAUGAAUCGUUGUCAAAACAGAUACCAAGUAGCGAAAUGGCGGAAUUCUGGUGAGCAUUAUAAUGUUCUGUGCUUAUUGUGAUGGUAUGUGCAUCUAUUGUUAUUUUGUUCGGCCUUGGGUUGUUGCUGUAAUGAGUAUUCUAUGGGGAUAUUAUGUAAAGUGCAUUAUGUGAAGAAGAGAUAUCGCGCUACUUGUCUGACCGAGUUAGGAGACCUAGGACUUUGGAAUUAGGAUUGAUUAGCAUCACUGUGCAUGUCAAUCAUGCAUUCUUGAGGUGGAAAUUAGUUUUAAGUCUUCUAACCAAUGUUUUUGGCAACGUAUGUUUUAAAUAUCUACAUAAUUGUUGCUCUUCCUUUACUUAAUAAAUAAGUUGAUAAUCAUUGAACAAAAGUUAGACAACCAAAUACAAUUAAAAUCGCAUAAG